UUUUACAUACCAACCACAGAUUGCCCUCUCAUCCCUCCUCCCACUCCCCUGCCAGCCUUCCCCCAUCCCACCCCAUAUGCUCUUCUCUGAUAAGGUAAAGCCUCCCAUGGGGAGUCAGCAGAGCCUCGUACAUUCAGUUGAGGCAGGUCCAAGCCCCUUUCCCCCUCAAGGCUGUACUUGUUGUCCAACCAUAGGUAAUGGGUUCCAAAAAAACAGCUCAUGCACCAGGGAUAGAUCUUGAUCUCACUGCCAGGGACCCCUUAAGAAGACCAAGCUAUACAACUGUCUGUCUUAUGCAGAGGUCCUAGUCCAGUCCCUUGUAAGCUCCACAGCUGUUGGUCUAAAGUUCAUGUGUUUCUACUAGCUUGGUUCAGUUGUCUCUGUAGAUUUCUCCAUUAUGAUCUUGAUGCCCCUUGCUCAUAGAAUCCCUCUCCCUUCUCUUUGACUGGACUCCUGGAGCUCAGCCUGGGGCUUGGCUAUAGAUCUGCUGUGGGAUAACGCUCAUGUACACUGGUUUAAUAAAACACUGAUUGUCCAGUAGCCAGGCAGGAAGUAUAGGCAGGGCAAGCAGACUAGGAGAAUUCUGGGAAGAGGAAGGGCAGAGUCAGGAGUCACCAGCCAGACACAGAGAAAGCAAGAUGACAAGGCAGAACUGAGAAAAGGUACCAAGUCAUGUGGCUAAACAUAGAUAAGAAAUAUAGAUUAAUUUAAGUGUAAUAGCUAGUCAGCAGUAAGCCUGAACUAAUGGCUGAGCAAUUAUAAUUAAUAUAAGCCUCUGAAUGAUUAUUUUAUAGACAGCUGAAAGACUGCAGAGCCAGGCAGGAUCAGAGAAACCUUCUGGCUAAAUGAAUCUCUGUAUCUGCUUCCAUCAGUUACUGGAUGAAAGCUCUAUGAUGACAAUUAGGGUAUUCACCAAUUUGAUUACUGGAGUAGGCCAGUUCAGGAACCCUCUCCAUUAUUGCUGGUAGUCUAAACUGGUGUCAAUCUUGCGGAUUCCUGGAAACUUCCCUUGCACCAGGUGUUUCCCUAUUGUCAUGAUGUCUCCCUCUAUCAAGAUGCCUUUUUGAUUGCUCUCCCACUCCAUCUCUAUUCUAGCUCGACCAUCUUGUUCCCUUAUGUUCUCAUCCCCCAUCACCUACCCUCCAUUACCCCCCUUACCCCAGUUUACUCAGGAGAUCUCAUUUAUUUCCCCUUACUGGGGCAAUCCAUGUGUCCCUCUUAGGGUCCUCCUUGUUAGCUAGCUUCUCUGGAGCUGUGGGUUGUAGUCCUGUUAUCCUUUGCUUUACAUCUAGUAUUUAAUUAUGAGUGAGUAUAUACUCAUAAAUUAAAAAUAAAAUUAAUGAAAAUAUUUUUAAUAAAUUAUCUUCCCUAUUUAAUAUCUAGCAUAAAAUUUAAAACUAGAAUCCAUGAUAACUUAAAGGGAAGAGUUGAGUUGUUAGUAGUUGAAUUUUGAAAAUUCAUUAGUACUAUCAUUUUUAUUCAACUUCUUGGAUUAUAUUUUCAUAACUUUCUAAAAUUACGCAGAUUUUUGCUUUACCACUUCAACAAUGCAAUAAAACUUCAGUUUGUGCUAGAGGGUUGUGUGACUCCACCUUCUGAGAAGAGAAGGGAUUUCUAAUUUAUUCCACCUCUUCCCUCAAAGACAAAGAACCUCAAUGAACACGGCUCUAAAGGUCCACAUGCCAGAGCCCCUGUGUCUCAUUGAGAAUGUGAAAGGACAACUGAGGCCUAAUCAGAAGGCCCUGGAGAUCCUGUCGGCCAUCACACAGCCAGUGGUGGUGGUGGCCAUAGUGGGCCUCUACCGCACAGGCAAAUCCUACCUGAUGAACAAGCUGGCUGGGAAGAACACAGGCUUCUCUCUGGGCUCCACAGUGCAGGCUCAUACAAAAGGAAUCUGGAUGUGGUGUGUGCCUCAUCCCCACAAGAAAGACCACACGCUUGUUCUGCUUGACACUGAGGGCCUGGGCGAUAUUGCAAAAGGAGACAACCAGAAUGAUUCCUGGAUCUUUGCCCUGGCUGUACUUCUGAGCAGCACCUUCAUGUACAACAGCAUGGGAGCCAUCAACCAGCAGGCCAUGGACCAGCUACACUAUGUGACAGAGCUGACAGAUCGCAUCAGAGCAAGGUCCUCACCUGACCAGGAGGAUGAGGUGGAGGACUCAGCUGAGUUUGUGAGCUUCUUCCCUGACUUCGUGUGGAGCCUGAGAGACAUGACCUUGAAGAUGGAAGUAGAUGGAUUCCAUGUCACAGCAGAUGAGUACCUAGAGAAUUCGCUGAAACUCAAGGAAGGUACAUCAAAGAAGUUGAAAAAAUACAACUUGCCCCGAUUCUAUAUUCGGAAGUUCUUUCCAAAGAAGAAGUGUUUUACCUUCUACCCACCCACUGAGUGGAAAAAGCUCUCCCAGCUGGACACACUGCAAGAAAAUGAGAUCGAUUCUGAUUUUCUGAAGCAAGUAGCAGAAUUCUGUUUGUACAUCUUUAACCAUUGCAAAGCCAAAACUCUUCCAGGAGGCAUCCCUGUCAAUGGCCCACGACUAGAAAGUCUAGUGCUGACCUAUAUUGAAGCCAUCUGCAGUGGAGACGUGCCCUGCAUGGAGAAUGCAGUCCUGGCCUUGGCAAAGAUAGAGAACUCAGCUGCAGUGCAAAAGGCCACUGCCCACUAUGACCAGCAGAUGAGCCAGAGGGUGCAGCUGCCCACAGAGACCCUCCAGGAGCUGCUAGAUCAUCACAGGACCUGUGAAAAAGAGGCCGUAGAAAUCUUCCUCAGCACUUCCUUUAAAGAUGAAGACCAUUCAUUCCAAAAGGAAUUGGCGUCUCAGCUAGAAGAAAGAUGGGAUGACUUUUGUAAACGCAAUCUGGAAGCAUCAUCAAACCAUUGCUGGGAAUUGCUUCACGAUAUUUUCAGAUCUCUUGAAGAAGGUGUGAGGCAAGGCACUUAUUAUAAGCCAGGAGGUUACUGCCUCUUUGUUCAGGAGAUAGAAAGGCUGAAGAAAAAGUACUAUGGAGAACCAAAGAAGGGCAUACAGGUUGAAGAGGUUCUACAGACAUACAUACAAUCCAAGGAGGCUGUUUCUAAUGCAAUAUUACAGACAGAUCAGAGUCUGACAGAAAAGGAAAAGGAGAUUGAAGUGGAGCGGAAGAAAACUGAAUCUGCAAUGGCUGCUGCAAAACUAAUGGAGGAAACACAGAAGAAGAAUGAGAAGCUGAUGGAACAGAAAGAAAAGAGUUAUCAGGAGCACCUGAGACAGCUGACUCAGAAAAUGGAGAAUGACAGAAUCCAGCUGAAGGCAGAGCAAGAGCGGACACUAGCUCUUAAACUUCAGGAGCAGAAACAGCUACUCCAAGAGGGGUUCCAAGAAGAGAGCAGAAAACUUCAAGAAGAGAUGAAGAACAUGGAGAAGAGAUACAAAGAAAAAAUGGAUCAUAUGCAAGCUGAAUCUUCAAAGACUACAGAGACUACAGUAAAAAUAAUGGAAGAAAUGCAAAGGAAAUGUGAUCAGAUGAUGGAAAAUAAAGACAAGAAUCACCAGGAACACGUGCAACAGUUGAUAGAAAAGAUGGAGAGAGACAGAGCUCAGCAAGAGAAGAUAAUGACCUUUGUGCUGCAGGAUCGAGAAAAUUUCAAGGAAGAAAUCCUUGAAGAGAGAAGAAAACAUCAGAAGGAGAUUCAGGAGAUAGAGGCAAAAAACAGAGAAAUAAUCCUAAAAUUGGAAUCUGCACAAGCUCAGUCCUCCGAGUCAAUGAAAAUGCUCCAGGAAAUGUAUGAGACUACUCUGAAGAUUAUGGAACAGAAAGAAAGAGCUUUUCUGGAUUAUUUGAAACAAAUGGCUGAGCAGAUGAAAGCAGAUACAUUGUAUCAAAUUGCAAAGCAAGAAAAGAUCUUGGUUAACAAGCUUGAGGAACAAGGAGAAAUUUUUAAUGAAAAACUUAAGAAUCAGAACAAAAAGCAUGAGGAAGAAAUAAAGAAAAUGAAAUCUUUUUGUUCCAUGAUGUGAAAAGUCUAAGCACACCGGCUUCCUCCCCUGCUCUCUCCUUUCAGGACAGAAUCUUACUGAUAAGCUUCAAAUCAUCUCACAUCAGAACUAAAUGUAAUCCACAAUAAUAAAGAUGGCAAACCUAAGAGCAUAUGGUCUUUGUACAAUGGAGUAUAACUCUAGGGUGUUACUGUGCCAUUUCCAUAGAUCCAUAGGAAGUGCUUUGAU